AUGGCCACGAGCGUCGACCAGGCCGCCGCCGCCGCGGCGGCCCAAGGCAUGUACAUCGACAAGCAGCAGUACGAGGCCAUGGAGCAGAAGCUCUACAAGGCCGUCGAGUGCAAAUUGGAACAAAGCGGCGUCAUGGCCGCCCUUAAAGCUCAGUUGCGGGCCGACAUCUUCGCGGCCAUGGUGGAACCCUCUCCCGGUGAACAGGCAUCGACCGCAGAGAGGUGUCGAAAGCUGCCGCACGGUAACGAAGCGCUGGGACUCGUCGUCGACUACCUCGCGUCCGUCGGCCUGACGCGUGUCCUUUGUGUUUUGGCGCCGGACAUCGGUUUGAGUGAUGAAAGGGUGCACCCUGACCAAGUUUUGGCGCCGGCGACGCGGUCGAAGUUGCGGGACAACGUCGGCCUACCGGCAGUGCCGUCCAAGAUUCCGCUGCUCUGCGAGCUCCUCGAGCACGGGGCACAGCCGGUGCCGAAGCUCGACCCUUCUAUGUCUUUGUCGUCGUCGAUGCCGCUGCCCGCGUCCACCGCCGCCAAACUCGAGGCCGCGCGCGCCGCCGCUCUACAACAUGUGCAGCAGGCCGAGGACUCCUAUUCCGCGUCGGCCUCCUUCGAGGAGGCGUCCAUAAGUCCGCGGGCGUCCUACGGCGACGCGUCCUUCGAGUCGGAGUCGCCGCGCGCGUCGCCGCGGACGCUGUCGCCGCGCGUGUCGCCCUCACCAUCACCCGAGCCGGCGGCGCUGCGGCCGCGGCCCGACGACAGCGAUGCGUCGAUCGUGGACGAGGUCGAGGUCGCGAGCGCGUCCGAGGACUCCAUGUUCGGUGGUGGGGGCCUCGGCGGCGGCGCCGGCGUCCGUGGGUCCGAGGACUCGAUGUUCGGUGGUGAUGCGGACGCUGCGGCACCGGCGCGCGGCGCGGUGGACGCGUCCGAGGACUCCAUGUUUGGCGCGGCCGGCGCGGCGCCGGUGCGCGGCGGUGCGGACAGCACGGCCGCCGCGCCGCCCCGGCCGCGCGCGGACGACCAGAGCGAGUCCGCCUCGGCCAGCGACAGCUCGGGGGACGUCAGCUUCGCGGACGACGACAGCGCGGACGCGGCCCCGGCGCCCGCGCGGCGCCCGCAGACCAUCGACGCGCUCUUCGACUCGGACGGCUCCGACGCCGCGCCGGAGCGCCCGCCGCCGCCGCCGCCGCCCCGGCGCACGUUUCCGCCGCCGGCCGCGCCGCCGCGCCCUCCCCCGGCCGCCUCGUCGUCGGCGUUCCCGACGCUCCCGGGUAUGGUCGCCGCGCCCGCGGCGGACGACGGCGACGACCCCUUCCCCGGGCUCGCGCCGGGGCCGGACGAGGACGACAACGUGUCGUCGCGGACCGGCGCCUCGUCGCGGACGGGCACGACGGCGACGACGGCGGCGGCGCGGCACGACGACGUGUUCUAA